UAUUUUUAGAAAAACUUAAAGUUACUACAGUGUCGAAUCUAAAAAGAAAAAAAGUGCAACUGUUUGGAUCUUUUUGUUACUUAUAUAACAUAUCAAAUAUGUUUCUUAAUACAUAUACGUUGAUUAUUAUUACAGUGUUGUAUUCAUGUUCAGUAGAUGGAUUAAGGUGGAAAGAUUGCGCUUCCAAUCCACUAAACGCCUCGUUGACCUUUGACUCCUUCCAGAUAUGGCCAUUCCCCGUGGUCAUCCCCGGGAAUGUACAUUUCUCAGCCGAUGUGACGGUUAAUAAACAGAUUCAUAAACUCUACAUUGACGAAGAUGUCGACGAGCUUAUAUCGAAGUAUAUCUUCACGUUGCCAUGUGCCGUGGACGGAUUAGGCUCUUGUGGUGACAUUGAUGCUUGCGAGUACCAGAAUCAAAAUCUCCCGGUUGUAUGGGAGAAAUUUAUGUAUUACAUGCUGGGAAAUGACAGUACUUGUCCAGUUCCUACUAAAUCUGUGGUAAUCCAAGACGAAAUGUUGACAAUCGCCAACUUGCCGAUAGAGCUAGCCAACUUUGCAAGCAGAAUGUUCGAAAUACGCCUCCAUUUUAAGGACGACAAGAAUAGCAAAGGCCACAUAGGGUGCCUGGAGUUAGACUUCGAGUUCACUUUAUCUGACUCCAUACUUAGUGCAUUAGGUUGAACACGGCGCAGUGUUUUGGACAAUAUGUAAAGACACUGCAAAAACAUCAUGAUGCCAUUUGUUUUAUAUUUUUAAUUUGCUGUCAGUCGUUUAUGCCAAUUUAAUGAUAUAUAAUAUAAAACAGAUGUGUUUU